AUGCUGAAACCGAUCGGAACAGAACUAGCUAGGAGAGGACACAACGUCACUGUUAUAACUUCAAUAAGAGACAACAACCCUCCUCCCAACUAUCAUCAGGUUGUAGUUGAUGAUACAAAGAUAUGGGACCUACUUGGUAUCGAGAGACCUAAUAUUUUCACUAUGGUGGAUUUAACUACCGAAGAAUUUCACGAUAAAAUUAUAUGGCCUGGCGGAAUUGCUUAUACAGAAAAUGUUUUUAAGUCACAUGAAUUUAUUAACUUUUUAAAGAAAGAUAAUGUUUUUGAUAUAGUUAUAAGUGAACAGUUCUUUCAAGAAGCAUUUUAUGCCCUAGCUUAUAAAUAUAAUGCACCUCUGGUACUUGUCACGACUUUUGGAAAUUGUAUGAAACAUAAUUAUAUUACAAGAAAUCCUCUACAAAUGGCUACAGUUAUGUCAGAAUUAUUAGUUGUAGAAGAUCCCACGAGCUUUUGGGGAAGACUCCGUAAUUUGUUUUUCAGUGUUUAUGAUUAUAUAUUUUGGAGGUAUUGGUAUUUGGAGGAGCAAGAGAAAUUAGUACGAAAAUAUUUACCAGAAUUGACAAGAAAAGUACCUUCACUGUACGAAAUGCAAAAAGAAACUGCCUUGAUGUUGAUUAACAGCCACUUUAGCUAUGACACGCCUGCAGCAAUUUUACCAAAUAUAGUUGAAAUUGGUGGACUUCAUUUUACAAGAAGUAACGUCAGCCUUCCUGAGGAUCUUCAAAAGCUAUUGGACGAAGCACAAGAAGGUGUUGUUUAUGUUAACUUUGGUUCAAAUGUAAGAAGUAUUGAAUUACCGGUAGAAAAGAAAAAUGCAUUUUUAAAUGUAUUUCGACAGUUGAAACAAACUGUGUUGUGGAAAUGGGAAGAUGACGUGUUAGAUGACAAACCGUCCAAUUUGUUUACACGUAAAUGGUUUCCUCAAAAGGAAAUUCUUCAGCAUCCUAACAUAAAACUGUUUGUCUCCCAUGGAGGUUUGAUUGGAAUGCAUGAGGCUAUAAUCAAUGGAGUUCCUGUCGUGGGUGUGCCAAUAUUUGGUGACCAAUUUAACAAUUUAAUGCUAGCUCAAGAAAAGGGCUUCGGCAAACUUUUAACUUACAAUAAUGUUAACGAGAAAACAUUGAGUGCAGCUCUCAAUGAAGUGCUCUAUAAUGCUUCCUACAUUGAAACUGCCAAAGAAGUCUCCCGUAGAUUUCUAGACAGACCUUUAUCUCCUAUGGAUACAGCUAUUUAUUGGCUGGAGUACGUUAUUAGAAAUAAGGGAGCAGAAUAUAUGAAGAAUCCAGCUCGUAGGUUGAGUUGGGUGCAAAUAUGUGUGUUAACAUUGCUCACGUUUUUAACGAAAUUCUCGGAGUCAGCGAACAUACUUUACGUGAUGCCAUAUUCUGUGACAUCUCAUUACAUAAUGCUGAAACCUAUCGGAACAGAACUAGCUCGGAGAGGACACAACGUCACUGUUAUAACUUCAAUAAGAGACAACAACCCUCCUCCCAACUAUCAUCAGAUUGUAGUUAAUAAUACAAAGAUAUGGGACCUACUUGGUAUGGAGCGACCUGUUAUUUUUAGCAUGGUGGAUUUGAGUACAGAAGAAAUGUACAGUAAAAUUGUAUGGCCUGGGUCAAUAGCUUUCACAGAACUUACAUUGAGUUCCAAGGAAUUUAUGACUUUUUUAAAGAAAGAUAAUGCUUUCGAUCUUGUUAUAAGUGAACAGUUAUAUCAUGAAGCGUUGAAUGCUCUGGCUUAUAAAUAUAAUGCACCUCUGGUACUAGUUACGACGUAUGGAAAUUGUAUGAGACACAAUUAUAUAACGAGAAAUCCUUUACAAAUGGCUACAGUUAUGGGAGAACUAUUAGUUGUAAGAGAUCCAACAAGCUUUUGGGGAAGGUUUCGUAAUUUGUAUUUCAAUGUUUAUCACUACAUUGUUUGGAGGUACUGGUUUUUGGAGGAGCAAGAGAAAUUGGUAAGAAAGUAUUUACCAGAAUUGACAGGAAAAGUACCUUCACUGUACGAAAUGCAAAAAGAAACUGCUUUGAUGUUGAUUAACAGCCACUUUAGCUAUGACACGCCUGCAGCAAUUUUACCAAAUAUAGUUGAAAUUGGUGGACUUCAUUUAAUAAAAAGUAAUGACAGCCUUCCUGAGGAUCUUCAAAAGCUCUUGGACGAAGCGCGGGAAGGUGUUGUUUAUGUUAACUUUGGUUCAAAUGUAAGAAGUAUUGAACUGCCGAUACAAAAGAAGAAUGCAUUUUUAAAUGUAUUUCGACAGCUAAAACAAACUGUGUUGUGGAAAUGGGAAGAUGACGUGUUAGAUGACAAACCAUCCAAUUUAUUUACACGUAAAUGGUUUCCUCAAAAGGAAAUUCUCCAACAUCCUAAUAUAAAAGUGUUUGUCUCCCAUGGUGGUUUGAUUGGAAUGCAUGAGGCUAUAAUCAAUGGCGUUCCUGUUGUGGGAGUUCCAAUAUUUGGUGAUCAAUUCAAUAACGUUUUGUUAGCUGAGGAAGCGGGUUUCGGUAAACUCUUAAUGUACCAUGAUAUAAACGAAAAAACAUUGAGUGCAGCUCUCAAUGAAGUGCUCUAUAAUGCUUCCUACAAGGAAACUGCCAAAGAAGUUUCUCGAAGAUUUCUAGACAGACCUUUAUCUCCUAUGGAUACAGCUAUUUAUUGGCUGGAGUACGUUAUUAGAAAUAAGGGAGCAGAAUAUAUGAAGAAUCCUGCUCGUAGGUUGAGUUGGGUUGCCUAUAACAUGCUUGAUGUAUAUUUAUUGAUAGCUUUAAUUUUAAUAGUGGUGCAAAUAUGGGUAUUAACAUUGCUAACGUUUUUAACGAAUUUCUCGGAGUCAGCGAAUAUACUAUACGUGAUGCCAUUCUCUGCGACAUCUCAUUACAUAAUGCUGAAACCUAUCGGAACAGAACUAGCUAGGAGAGGACACAACGUCACUGUUAUAACUUCAACAAGAGAGAACAAUCCUCCCCAAAACUAUCAUCAGGUUGUAGUUAAUAAUACAAAGAUAUGGGACCUACUUGGUAUCGAGCGACCUGUUGUUUUUAGCAUGGUGGAUUUGAGUACAGAAGAAAUGUACAAUAAAAUUGUAUGGCCUGGGUCAAUAGCUUUCACAGAACUUACAUUCAAUUCCAAGGAAUUUAUGACUUUUUUAAAGAAAGAUAAUGCUUUCGAUCUUGUUAUAAGUGAACAGUUUUAUCAUGAAGCGUUGUAUGCUCUGGCUUAUAAAUAUAAUGCACCUCUGGUACUAGUCACAACGUAUGGAAAUUGUAUGAGACAUAAUUAUAUUACAAGAAAUCCUUUACAAAUGGCUACAGUUAUGGGAGAACUAUUAGUUGUAAAAGAUCCAACAAGCUUUUGGGGAAGGUUUCGUAAUUUGUAUUUCAAUGUUUAUCACUACAUUGUUUGGAGGUAUUGGUUUCUGGAGGAGCAAGAGAAAUUGGUAAGAAAAUAUUUACCAGAAUUGACAGGAAAAGUACCUUCACUGUACGAAAUGCAAAAAGAAACUGCUUUGAUGUUGAUUAACAGCCAUUUUAGCUAUGACACGCCUGCAGCAAUUUUACCAAAUAUUGUUGAAAUUGGUGGAGUUCACUUAACAAAAAGUAAUAACAGCCUUCCUGAGGAUCUUCAAAAGCUCUUAGACGAAGCAAGUAACGGUGUUGUAUACGUUAGCUUUGGUUCAAAUGUAAGAAGUAUUGAACUGCCGAUACAAAAGAAGAAUGCAUUUUUAAAUGUAUUUCGACAGCUAAAACAAACUGUGUUGUGGAAAUGGGAAGAUGACGUGUUAGAUGACAAACCAUCCAAUUUAUUUACACGUAAAUGGUUUCCUCAAAAGGAAAUUCUCCAACAUCCUAAUAUAAAAGUGUUUGUCUCCCAUGGUGGUUUAAUUGGAAUGCACGAGGCUAUAAUCAAUGGCGUUCCUGUUGUGGGAGUUCCAAUAUUUGGUGAUCAAUUCAACAACGUUUUGCUAGCUGAGGAAGCGGGUUUCGGUAAACUUUUAAUGUACCAUGAUAUAAACGAAAAAACAUUGAGUGCAGUUCUCAAUGAAGUGCUCUAUAAUGCUUCCUAUAUGGAAACUGCCAAAGAAGUUUCUCGAAGAUUUCUAGACAGACCUUUAUCUCCUAUGGAUACAGCUAUUUAUUGGCUGGAGUACGUUAUUAGAAAUAAGGGAGCGGAAUAUAUGAAGAAUCCUGCUCAAUUAGCACGGAGAGGUCACAAUGUAACUGUGAUCACCCCUAUCAGGGAUAAUAAUCCACCUGCGAAUUAUCAUCAAGUUUUGGUAGAUGAUAAAAAAAUAUGGGACAUUCUAGGAGUGGAGCGUCCAAAUAUUUUUACUAUGGUCGAUAUGUCUGCAGAGGAGUUCCACGAUAAGAUUUUAUGGCCAGGUGGCGUAGCUUUCACUGAGUUAGCAUUGAAUUCUACUGAAGUAAGGAAGUUCUUGAAAAACGACAAUACUUUUGAUCUAGUUCUUUGUGAGCAAUUUUUCCAGGAGGCUAUGUAUGCUCUCGCAUACAAAUAUAAUGCGCCUUUAGCGUUAGUGACUACUUUUGGUUCUUGUAUGAGGCAUAAUAUUGCAACGGCUCAUCCGAACGUUAAAGUAUUUAUAUCCCAUGGCGGUUUAAUAGGAACACAAGAAGCAAUAUUCAAUGGAGUGCCACUUAUCGGCGUUCCCAUUUACGCUGAUCAAUAUAAUAAUUUAUUAUAUGCAGAAAAAGCUGGUUUCGGUAAAAUUAUGCAAUACCAUGAAAUUAAUGAAAAUUAUUUGUCUCAAACUCUCAGCGAGGUUCUCAGUAAUGAUUCUUAUAUGCAAAAAGCUAAGGAAGUUUCUAGAAGAUUUAAAGAUCGCCCCAUGACGCCUCUAGACACAGCCGUGUUUUGGUUCGAAUAUGUGAUUAGAAACAAUGGCGCCGAGUUCAUGAAAAAUCCUACACGUAAUUUGAAUUGGUUCUCAUUUUAUAUGUUAGAUGUUUAUGCAUCAUUCCUUUUAGUUGUCUUUCUGUUUACUAUGAUUUUGUAUAAAAUUAUAAUGUUUAUAGCUCAGAUGUACGUUGAUUAUAAAGUUAAAGUCACUAUUGUAAAAAAGGAACAGUGA